CAUGGCAGAGAGCAUUCUAGAUUUUUCUAAAGAGUUGGAUGUAGCCAAACUCGACCAAGUGGUCCUUACAUUCUAUACUGGAAGUGGCUCUGAGCAACAAAUGGCCCAGAAGCUGUUGACGGAAUUCCAAGACCACGAAGAAGCAUGGACACGUGUAGACGGCAUUCUUGAACGCUCCACUGUUUCUCAUACAAAGUUCAUCGCGCUACAGAUUCUUGAGAAGUUUAUUCAAACGAGAUGGAAUACAUUGCCUCCAGAUAGUCGCAAUGCAAUUCGCUACUUCAUCGUCAAUGUGAUUGUAAAGGUCUCAGCUGAUGAGAAUACAAUGGUCCGUGAACGUACCUAUCUUAACAAACUAAACAUGGUUCUGGUUCAAGUUCUCAAGCAAGAAUGGCCCCGUAAUUGGCCCUCUUUCAUCCCCGAAAUUGUCGAAUCGAGCAAGACUAACUUGUCCUUGUGUGAGAACAACAUGGCAAUUCUUAAGCUUCUCAGUGAAGAAAUCUUUGAUUACUCAGCAGAACAAAUGACCCAGUUAAAGACAUCAAACUUGAGAAGUCAGAUGUGUGGUGAAUUUGCUGGAAUUUUUCAAUUGUGCAAGGAGGUCCUUGACAAAGCCAACAAGCCCAGUUUGAUCCUUGCUACUCUGGAAACUCUCUUGAGAUUCCUCAGUUGGAUUCCUUUAGGCUAUGCAUUUGAAACUACUCUGAUUGAUACUUUAUGCAACAGAUUCUUGACAGAGAGAGAGACCCGCAACGUUACAUUACAAUGUUUGACUGAGAUCGGUGGUCUGAAUGUGGAAAACAGUUAUCAUGACAAGCUCGUGGCAUUGUUCACUAGCGUCAUGACUUCUGUAAAUGUGAUGGUUCCUCCUAGUACUGACUUGGCUGAAGUUUAUGAGAACAGCGCAGAUGAUGACCAAGAAUUUGUACAGAACCUUGCCUUGUUCUUGACAGGAUUCUUGUCCUCUCACUUGAGGAUUCUUGAACAAUCAUCAGACACUACCGACUUGUUGGUCAAUGCUCAUUUCUAUUUGAUUAAGAUUUCGCGUGUUGAUGAUAGAGAAAUCUUCAAAAUCUGUCUUGAGUAUUGGGCUCAACUGGUACAAGAGUUGUUUGAGGAAGUCCGUAACUUGGGUAAUUCAGAUGUACCCCCAAUUAGUAUGUCUUUAUUGGAUCUUGGUGCUGGUGGUAACCAGAUGGGCAAUUCUGGAUACCGUCCUCGCAAAAUGCUUUACCUGGAUGUUCUCUCUAAUUUGAGAGUGGUAAUGAUUGAACGCAUGGUGAAGCCCGAAGAGGUGCUUGUCGUUGAAAACGACGAAGGAGAAAUUGUGCGUGAAUUUGUUAAGGAGAGUGACACAAUUGUUCUUUACAAGAGUAUGAAAGAAGUAUUGGUUUACUUGACCAAUUUGGAUGUAUCAGAUACUGAAGAAAUCAUGUCUACAAAACUUCAGAAGCAGAUGGAUGGUAGGGAAUGGUCCUGGCAAAAUCUCAACAAGCUUUGUUGGGCUAUUGGUUCAAUCUCUGGUGCUAUGAGUGAGGAAACUGAGAAGCGAUUCUUGGUCACUGUUAUCAAGGAGUUGCUUAGCCUUUGUGAAAUGAAACGUGGCAAGGACAACAAAGCUGUUGUUGCAUCUAACAUUAUGUACACUGUUGGUCAAUACCCUCGCUUCCUCAAGGCACAUUGGAAGUUCCUCAAGACUGUGGUGAACAAGCUUUUUGAGUUCAUGCAUGAGUCGCACGAAGGUGUUCAAGAUAUGGCCUGCGAUACAUUCAUUAAAAUUGCCCAAAAGUGCAAGCGUCACUUUGUACUUCAGCAAUCCGGUGAAUUACGGCCUUUUAUUGAUGAGAUCUUGGAGAGUAUUACCGGGAUCACAUCAGAACUCCAACCACAACAGAUCCAUACAUUCUACGAAGCUGUGGGAUAUAUGAUUUCUGCACAACACAACAAACCUGCACAAGAGCGCCUCAUGGUGAACUUUAUGGAGCUUCCUAAUAGAGCGUGGAAUGAGGUUAUGACACAAGCCAAGCAGAACAUAAAUAUCUUGGCAGAUCCUGCUCAAAUUAAAUUUGUCACUAAUGUGCUCAAGACAAACGUCUCGGCGUGCAGUGCAGUGGGAUCUCCAUUUAUUAUCCAGCUUAGCAAGAUAUACAUGGAUUUACUUACAUUAUACAGCUCUGUUGGAAAAAUGAUUUCUCAAAAUAUUGCAGAGCAAGGCCCCAUCGCAACAAAAACCCCCAGAGUCCGUGGUUUGAGAAUGAUUAAGAGAGAUAUUCUUAAAUUGGUCGAUACCUACGUUGAUGCAGCAGACGACAACUAUGCGGUGAAUGAUAACAUGGUUGGACCUUUCUUUGAUGCCGUCCUUUCGGAUUACUGUCUUGGUGCUGAUGUCUCAAGGGACGCCGAGGUUCUGGAAGCGCUCGCGACUAUGGUGAAUAAAUUGAAAGAGUUGAUGACACCACGUAUACCUGCAGUAUUGGAAGCUACAUUUGAGCCUACAUUGAACAUGAUUACAAAAGAUUUCGCAGAGUAUCCUGAACAUCGUACUGGAUUCUACAACUUGCUGCGUGCGAUCAACCAAUACUGCUUCCCAGCUUUGCUAGAGCUUGCUCCCGCCCAGUUUAAGCUUCUUAUUGAUAGUAUUGUUUGGGGUUUCAAGCAUACAAUGAGAGAUAUUGCAGAUGUCAGUCUUCAGAUCUGUGGAGAAUUAAUUAGCAACUUCAGUCGUACAGACCCCAACAUUGCUGGUGUAUUCUACCAGACCUACUACUUGAGUAUUCUCCAAGAUAUAUUCUUUGUUUUGACUGAUAGAGACCAUAAGAGUGGUUUCAAGGGCCAAACCGAAGUUCUCGCACAGCUUUUCGGUCUUGUUACAAACCACUCUAUUCAGGUACCUUUGUAUGAUCCAAGCCAAGUUGAAGAUCCUACCAUGAGCAAUGCUCAGUUCCUUGAAGGAUAUGUGACUGCACUUCUCCGGAAUGCAUUCCCUCACUUGCAAAGUGGUCAAAUUAAGGUGUUUGUUAUGGCUAUGUUUGAAUACAAUGGCAACCCUCCAAAGUUCAAGCUGGAAGUACGUGACUUCCUUAUCCAACUUAAAGAGUUUGCUGGCGAAAAUGCCGAGCUCUAUCUCGAAGAGAAAGAAGCCAAGCUUGAAUCUACACGAAGAGCAGAGUUAGAGAAAGCACUUAGUAUCCCCGGUAUGGUUAAGCCUUCUGAGCUGCCAGGAAUGGACGAAGACGAGGCUCUUUAGGGUAUUAUUUGCUCACAGGAUAAUGAAAUUGCUUUAAUAAAUGCUUGAACGUAAAGAAAAGAGAAACAAUAGUUCAAUAUGUGUAUACUGUAACGAGACACGAUUAAUUGGUUUUGCAUAUAAAAAGCAAAAAUGUCCAUAGUAAUUCUGUUACAAACAAUUACUAUAAAUCGAUGUAAUACAAUGUAAAUGAUGUACAAGAAAAA